AUGAAUUUACAUCCAUCAAUUAUUGAUGAGUUUGAUCGUAUUGAAGAAUUAAAAUCUGUGACUGAUACUCUUAAAAAUAUUCGUUUUCCAACAACUGAAUUGAUAAUUGUUGGUUCAUUUAUAUUUGUCGUAUCAUUUUAUGGCUGUUAUGGAGUUGUAACAAAAAAUACACUUUGCCUCAAGCUUUAUGCUGUAUUCUGCUUGAUGAUAAUUGGUGGUGUGGCUGUUAUAGCUGCAAUUGGUUAUUACCAGUAUAAAGACAUCACUACAAAAGAUGUUGAAAAAUUAAUUGCAGACAAUUUUAAUAAAGAAAAAUACAAUAGUACUAAAUCAAUUAUUGAUCUUGUUCAAUCAACUCUUGGAUGCUGUGGUAAUAGUGAUAAGGACGAUUACAGUAAUACUGAAAAUUUUCCACUUUCAUGUUGUCCAAAAGAAAACUCAAAAACAUGUUACAAUGAUGCCUAUAAAACUGGUUGCAGUAACAUUACAAAAACAAAAGCUUCAGAUGCCUUAAAUGAAAUUGUCUAUAAAGUAAAAAAAUUAUUUCUACCAAUUGCAAUUAGUGUUGGUAUUAUUGAGUUGAUUUCCAUGCUGUUUGCAUUGAACUUGGCACAUUACAUUAAACACAAAUUAGAAAAUUAUUCAGUGUAA